CAUGUUUAAGCAUGUGAAAACCCAGCAUCUUUGUGCAAAAUUUCUCCCUUUUUCUUUGUGUUUGGAAUUUGGAUCGGUAUUUUGAGAGAUGAAUACAAGUAGUGGGAAGGGAUAUAUGUCAACAGCCAGCUCUAGUGCUGGCUGGAAAGCUGCAGAUACAGCAGCAACCGCUGUUGAUCAGUUUCCCGCUGGUUUGCGCGUUCUCGUUGUUGAUGAUGAUCCAACUUGUCUUAUGAUCUUGGAGAAGAUGCUGAGAACUUGUCUCUACGAAGUUACCAAAUGCCAUCGAGCAGAGACUGCAUUAUCUAUGCUAAGAGAGAACAAAAACGGGUUCGAUAUCGUUAUCAGCGACGUCCACAUGCCUGACAUGGACGGGUUCAAGCUUCUCGAGCAUAUCGGUUUAGAGAUGGAUCUCCCCGUUAUCAUGAUGUCUGCGGAUGAUGGACAACAUGUCGUUAUGAAGGGUGUUACGCACGGUGCCUGCGAUUACCUAAUCAAACCGGUUCGUAUCGAGGCGCUGAAGAACAUAUGGCAACACGUGGUUCGGAAGAGGAAGAACGAAUGGAAGGACUUUGAGCAAUCGGGAAGUGUAGAGGAAGGAGAUCAGCAGCUAAAACAAUCGGAAGAUGAGGUUUACUCUUCCUCUGCUAAUGAAGGGAAUUGGAAAAGCUCGAAACGUAGGAAGGAUGAUGAAGAUGAAACCAACGAGAGGGAUGAUACAUCAACGCUAAAGAAGCCGAGGGUUGUUUGGUCUGUUGAGCUCCAUCAACAGUUUGUCGUAGCAGUUAAUCAACUAGGCAUCGACAAGGCUGUCCCGAAGAAAAUUUUGGAGUUGAUGAACGUUCCCGGACUUACCAGAGAAAAUGUUGCCAGCCACCUUCAGAAAUAUCGCUUGUAUCUUAGACGGUUAAGCGGGGUAUCGCCUCACCCGAGUGAUCUGAAUAACUCUUUUAUGAGUCCCCAAGAUGCAACUUUCGGGUCGCUUUCUUCGCUCAAUGGGCUCGAUCUUCAAACUCUUUCUGCCACUGGUCAGCUUCAUGCACAAAGUCUUGUCACACUCCAAGCAGCAGGGCCUGGUCGGUCGACUGGUAAAUCAGGCUUACCUGUGCCUCUCGUUGAUCAAAGAAACAUUUUUAGCUUUGAAAACCCGAAGUUAAGAUUCGGAGAAGGGCAGCAACAUGUGAACAAUAAUAAGCAAAUGAAUUUACUACACGGAAUUCCGACAACCAUGGAACCGAAGCAGCUUGCCGGGUUGCACCACGGUGCCCAAUCAAUGGGAAACAUGAAUAUGCAAGUCACUUCCCAUGGUCAGCAGAGUAGCCAAAAUAAUUCGUUAUUGAUGCAAAUGGCUCAGCCACAGGCUAGAGGGCAGAUGCUCAAUGAUUCCAGUCUCGGUCAUGAUCCGAGACUUGUCUCACCGAUGGGGCAGCCUAUAUCAUCCAACGGAAUUGCUGCCAACGUCCCUACUAGAAAUGGAAUUCAAGAAAAUAUCAGAGCCCCUAGUUAUAAUCUGGUUUCGCAGAGCUCUUCGAUGUUGAAUUUCCCCAUGAAUUACGCUUGGGAACUACCCGUUAACAGUUUCCCUCUUGGAAGUACACUGGGGAUUUCUAGUCUCACACCCAAAGUAGAUUUUCAGGAAGCUGAUAUAUUUAACGAUUUGAAUCAACAUAAGCCCCAAAAUUGGAAGCUGCAGAAUGCAGGGAUGACGUUCGAUGCCUCUCGGCAUUCGAACUCUCUUCAAGGCAACCUCGGUCACACCCAACCAGUUUUAGUUAAACAAGGAUUUUCGUCUGGUCAAGUGAACGGACAGAACAGGAAUGCACCCGUCGUAAGCAAGGCAAUGUUCUCAUCCGGAGAUAGUACGGGGCAAGUAAAUGCGCAAAAUGGUAAUCAAUGUCUUAACUCCCUUCUUGUUGACGGUACCAUAAGGGUCAAGUCCAAGACCCCUAUCAGUCUAUACCCCGAUCACUUCGGACAAGAGGAUCUCAUGAGUGCUCUUCUGAAACAGCAAGACGCGGCUGCACCAGCUGAACACGAAUUCGAUUUUGAUGGUUAUUCCCUCGACAAUAUUCUGGUGUAGGGCAACUUCCAUUCUCAAGUUCUCUUUGUGAAUCAACGGGGAUAUUCACUUAACACUAAACUGCAUCUUCCUCCUGUGAAUAUCAUGUUGUGCCAGUUCGUUUUGAACGUAACAGGUUCGGGAAAACGGAUAAUUCCGGAUCGAUCCGUUACCAUUGGACGAUAAUUACGACUUCUGUAAGAUACGUCCGCAUGAUACGCAAAGGCGAUCGUGCGGAAUUUUUAUUUUUAUUUUUUCGGUAAUGAAAUCUUGUAGGAAAUAAAACUAACUUUUGGGUGUGCUUUUCUAAGCAUUGUUUUUAGUCAGGAGCAGAUCAUAGGAGACUCUUCUUUCUCCAACUCUAAUAACAGAUGAAGUUUGAUCUUCU